ACUUGAUUUCUCUCUCUCCCCAAAACCUUAUUUAAUAACAAGCUUAGCCCUCUGCUUUCUCCCAUGCAGUUGCCUUCUUCAACCCAAUAACAUUGUCACUCUUUCCCCCAAGCUUUCGAUCUUUCCACAUUUCCCUAUUUUUCUUUGAGGUCAUCCUAUUUCUCUGUCCAUAACUUUGUCUCAAACAAUCCUCUUUCUAAGUCGCCUUAUAAUCCCUCACUCUCAUUCUCUCUCCCUCUCACUCUCCUUUCAUUACACAUAUAUAUAAAAACAUUGCUCGAAGAAUGUCAAGCAGCAGGUCACGUUCGAGACAGUCGGGAGUUUCGAGGAUCACUGAUGAUCAGAUCAGUGAUCUUGUUUCAAAACUGCAACAGCUUAUUCCUGAGAUUCGGGCUCGGCGCUCAGAAAAGGUAUCAGCUUCUAAGAUUCUACAGGAGACUUGUGACUAUAUUAGAAGCUUACACAGAGAGGUUGAUGAUCUAAGCGACCGUUUAUCGGCGCUGUUGGCUUCAACUGACAAUAAUAGUGCUGAAGCAGCCAUAAUUAGGAGUUUACUUAUGUAAUAGAGCUUCAUAAUUUGCUCUGAUUCUUCACUUCUAUGUAUUUAGGGUUUGGUCUCUAGGCCUUACAUGGUAGGGGUGAACAUGGGCAUUACACUCGAUGCUAUAUAUCCCGUUUCAACUUGUACUACUCUAUAUAUAAUAAGUCAUCAUAUAUAUAAUAAAAGGAAUUCUAGAUGAGUACUCAAAUAAACUUCUUCGUUGAUACAUUUUAAACAUCUCAUGUGCUUGCUGCCGCUACUUUCGAUGAACAUAUUGCUAU